AUGCGCACGCGCUCCUCCGGCAUGGUACUAAGUGAUCCAGAGAAGCGUGCAAUUUAUGACCAAUAUGGUGAGGAAGGCUUAAAGGGGAUGCCUCCACCUGGUUCCCAGAGCCGGUCCUCCACAACUGCUGGCCCAAGUGGUCCGAGUAAUUUCCGGUACAAUCCUAGUGACCCAGAUGAUUUCUUUUCUGAGUUCAUGGCAAGCAACAAGACUUACUCCUUCGACCAAGACCGGACACGAUUCCAACCAAGAUCACAUUGGACUUCAGCAAGGAACAGUAGAAGCGAAGCUCCUUCUGGUUCACGGAAAGAGAGUGGUGCCAGUACAAGCCAUGUAGAAAAGUCACCGCCUGUGGAAAAAACAUUACUUUGUACCCUUGAAGAGUUGUACAAUGGAACAAAAAGGAAAAUGAAGAUCACUAGGAAUGUUGCAAAGCCAGAUGGAAGAGUAGAAGUUGAAACAGAGGUCUUGGCAGUUGAAGUGUUACCUGGCUGGAAGAAGGGCACCAAGAUUACAUUCCCCAACAAAGGCGAUAGGCUGCAUGGCCAGUUAGCACAAGACCUGACCUUUGUCCUCGAUUCAAAGCCCCACGAUGUGUACAAUCUUGAAGGAAACAACCUUCUUGUAAAGCAGGAGAUCCCUCUGGUAGAUGCCCUUGCUGGGGCAGAGAUAAACCUCAGAACCCUCGAUGGACGGAAUCUGCCUGUGAGGGUGGAGGAAGUUGUGCGCCCUGGGUACGAAGUUGUGCUGGAGAACGAAGGGUGGCCAAUCAGGAAGGAACCUGGGAAGAAGGGAAAACUGGUAAUCAAGUUCGAUGUGACCUUCCCAAUGAGGUUAUCGUCAUCACAGCGGGCAGCCAUCAGGCGAAUCAUGGGCGGCUAA